AUGUCGGCCCAGGAGAGCUGCCUCAGCCUCAUCAAGUACUUCCUCUUCGUUUUCAACCUCUUCUUCUUUGUCCUAGGCAGCCUUAUUUUCUGCUUCGGCAUCUGGAUACUCAUCGACAAGACCAGCUUCGUGUCCUUUGUGGGCUUAUCCUUCCUGCCCCUGCAGAUCUGGUCCAAGGUCCUGGCCGUCUCAGGAAUCCUCACUAUGGGCCUUGCCCUCCUGGGCUGUGUGGGGGCCCUCAAGGAGCUCCGCUGCCUUCUGAGCCUGUAUUUUGGAAUGCUGCUGCUCCUGUUUGCCACACAGAUCACCCUGGGAAUCCUUAUCUCCACUCAGCGGGUCCGGGUGGAGCGAAGCGUGCAGGACAUCGUAAAGAAGACCAUCCAAAACUACCACGCCGACCCAGAGGACACAGUGGCCGAGGAGAGUUGGGACUACGUGCAGUUCCAGCUGCGCUGCUGCGGCUGGCACUCUCCGCAGGACUGGUUCCAGGUCCUCAUCCUGAGAGGCAACGAGUCGGAGGCGCACCGUGUGCCUUGCUCCUGCUACAACUCAUCGUCGGCCAACGACUCCGCAGUCUUCGAUAAGAUGAUCUUCCCCCAGCUCAGCCGGCUCUCACCUCUGGCGCGGCCCGGACCCAGUACAGACCUCUGCGUGGUCUCUGCAAAAAGCCACAUCUACCGCGAGGGCUGCGCGCAGAGCCUUCAGAAGUGGCUGCACAACAACCUCAUUUCCAUUGUGGGAGUUUGUCUGGGAAUCAGUCUGUUCGAGCUCGGCUUCAUGACGCUGUCGAUAUUCCUGUGCAGAAACCUGGACUACGUCUACGACCGACUCGCUCGAUACCGCUAG